ACCGGGCGGCGGCGGGCGCUGCUCUGCGGGGAGCGCCGGGAUCUCGGCAGCCGCUCGCUACGAGUGGACGGGCCGGCGGGGCGGAGAGUGGGAACACGGCGCCACUAUGCCUGGAACCUCCAAUUUUGAAAGAGAAUCCAUUUUGAAUGUCAGUGGCAGCACCACUUACCCAGUACUCCAGGGCAGAAUCUUAUAUCUUCUCUACAAGCAGUUUCACCAAAUCAGAUCUCAGAAAGAGAGGAGAAUCUGAGCCUAGGUAGACUGCUGCAGCAGGGAGGUCUCCAUUACCUCCUGCCCCAAGCUGCUGAGCAUUUAGCAGAUCUCAGCAUGGAAGCCAUUGCCAAAUACGACUUCAAAGCCACUGCAGAUGAUGAGUUGAGCUUCAAAAGGGGUGACAUCCUCAAGGUAUUGAAUGAAGAAUGUGAUCAAAAUUGGUAUAAAGCAGAACUUAAUGGAAAAGAUGGCUUCAUUCCCAAAAACUACAUAGAAAUGAAACCACAUCCGUGGUUUUUUGGCAAAAUCCCCAGAGCAAAGGCAGAAGAAAUGCUUGGCAAACAGCGACAUGAUGGUGCCUUUCUUAUCCGGGAGAGCGAGAGUGCACCCGGCGACUUCUCCCUCUCUGUCAAGUUUGGAAAUGAUGUGCAGCAUUUCAAGGUGCUCCGAGAUGGGGCUGGGAAGUAUUUUCUUUGGGUGGUAAAGUUCAAUUCUUUAAAUGAGCUGGUAGAUUAUCACAGAUCCACCUCAGUUUCCAGAAACCAGCAGAUAUUCUUGAGGGACAUAGAACAGGUGCCACAGCAACCAACAUAUGUCCAGGCCCUCUUUGACUUUGACCCCCAAGAAGAUGGAGAGCUGGGCUUCCGUCGGGGAGAUUUCAUACAGGUCCUCGAUAACUCAGACCCCAACUGGUGGAAAGGAGCCUGCCAUGGGCAGACUGGCAUGUUUCCACGUAACUACGUCACCCCAGUGAACCGGAACAUCUAAGAAUCGAUAAGAAAUUAUUUAAGGAAACAUGAAAAUUUUAAAACAUACACACAUACAAAAGUAAAAUCCACAUGCUGCAUCUAACAGCAGCCAGUGAGGGAGCUCUGAGCAUCUGGCCAUAACACCUUAGUCACCAUAGGGUGACCUUCUCUCACUCUGGAUGGAACUUUGGUGAGGGAGGGGUGGGAAAGGGAGUUGGAUAUAAAAUGCCAAAACUUACCUUUAAAUUAAGAAAAGAUCGUUUUUAUUACAGAUUUUCACAGGUGUUCCUAUUUCCCUUCCUUUAUCCCUUUUUCCCCUAUUCUUUCUCUUCUGUCCAUCAGUGCAUGACAUUAAAUGACACACCUAAUCUUAACUGAUGCAGAUAAUAAAAGAUAAGAAACCAAGUGGACUGGUAUUUUCUCUAUGCAAAAUGUCUGUUUUAGAUAAAUGAGAACUUGAAAGAAAAUACUUUAUUGUCCUUUUCUUACAAAAAAGAGAGAGGACCCUAAAAUGUUCCAAAUUCAGAUCUUUUUGCUCUGAGAAAGUAUUUGUGGGUUUGGGUAAACUUUGUAUUUGUCAGUUUGGAAACAAAGUGGAGUGAAUGGAAGAUAUUUGGCCAAUACAUGGACCAUCUUGCAAAAUUCUAAAUAGCAGAAGCUUGGGUUUUGUUUUGUUUUGUUUUUCUUAGCCAUGUUCUUUUCUAAAUGGUGUGUUGUUGAACUUUUUUUUAUAGUGCCUUUUCCAUUAUUUUCAGGGGUUUUUGUUUGUUUCGUUUUGUUUUGGUAAUUUUUAAGUUAAAGACAGUCCAGAACUUUUCAGCCAAUUUGUCUUCUCUUCUAUAUAUAACUAUAUUUGUCAGGGAGAGAGACAGGAAGUCAAAAUAGGGAGAAGUUAUAAGUUCUUAUUUGUCUCUUUGAAGCCAGAAAUCUUUAAGAAUUAAGCUUUAAAAUUGGUGAGCAAGUACAUAUUUCCAGAGGUAAUAUAUCCAGAACGUAAGAAAUGCUGCCAACAGCAGUGCAGUGUAUGUAAGGUAAACACCCCAUGAAAGAAGGGAAGAGUUGUAGCUCUUCCAACAUUUGAUUCAAUCGGGCAAAAAGAAAGCUGAAGGUCUCAGAACUCUGGUUCACUCUUGACUGAUGGGAGACAAUAAUUCUCACAUAUAUCUCCCUAUGGCCAGAAAAUGUCCAUCUGCAAGAAAACCAAAAGAGAAAAAUAGUUGAACUUUAAACUAUCAUUCUUGAAUCUUUAAAAAAUAAUCCUGUAUUCCUACACUGGUGUAGGAAUGUAACUAUUUAUAUUGUCUUGCUCUUAAAAAUGGGGAUAUCUGCUUGGAACUGUGUGUGUGGGUGUGUAUGUGUGGGUUUGUGUGGGUGUGUCUGUGUGUAGAUGUGUAUGGGUGUGUCUGUCCUGACCUGCUUAAAUGCUUCUAGAAGCAAGGGACUAGUAUCUUCACUUCCUAGUUAACAGCAGGCUGUUUAUGACUAGUCCAUCCCACCGACCCCUUAAUGCCCCUACAAAACUUCUGAAGCAGAAAAAAGUAUUUGGGAGGAAAUAAUUUUUAACUGAAGGGAGACUAGUUUAAUAGCAAUGCCCUUAGUGUCAGUCUUUGAUUAUUAUUUUUCUAGCAACUAUAUUAUUUUUAAUGCUCAUCCCCUUAAAAUAAAAAAAUAAGACCUUCAUUUUUUCCUUGAGUGUCUUUUUGGGUUUUUUUCUGAAACUUUCUUUGGGCACUUGUAGAGAUGGAUGCUGCCUUUAACAUUCUGAUUCACCAAAAGGUAAGCAACUCUCCAAUCUGAGCAUUCCUUGUGUUCCUCCUCAUGCUGUUUGGUUCUAGUUCUUCUUCCAUCAGAAAUGAUAAAAGGAAACUAUGGCAUUCGACACCUGGACCAUUUGAUUGUUUAUUUUGGAAUUGGUGUAUAUCACGAAGCCUUGCUGAACUGUUUUGUGUAUAUAUAUAUAUUAAAAAAAAAAAAAAAGAAAGAAAGAAAGAAAGAAAUCAGUGUUUAAAUAAAAAGACCUAUGUACUUAAUCCUUUAACUCUGCAACAGCAUUUGGUAGGUAGUAAUUAACUGUGAAUAAUAAACAUACAAUGUAUUCUUCACUUUGUAUCUGUAUUUAUUUCUACUUAACCUUAAAUGAAAUUUAAAUAUCAUGUUUUAAAAGGCUUGGCAGUCAGAACUCCUGAAUUCUUGUUUCUAGCUUAUUUUCUAACUUGAUGUGUGAUCUUGAUAAAGUCAUUUUUUUUUUUUUUAUCACUGCAUGUCUGAUCCUGGAAGAGCUCUGCCAGAAUGGAAGUAUGGAAGCUCCUUGAAAUUUUGUAUCUUACUCACUUUUCUGUCAUUUAGAAUAGUCUGAAUGAGUGAAAGGCAAGAUGAUCUUUGUAAAUAAAGCAGCUUCAAGAUUGUAAAAUGUAAAUUUUUUUGAAAUAUAUUUGCAAUAGGUUGCGUUGAGAAUUACAACAGGCUGGUGUUGACAGCACAGCCUGAAGUCCUGUAGACCCCUGUUCCUCUAUUAUGAAUUACAAGGGAUUAGAAUUUCAGUUUAGCUCCUACUAGUGCUCUCCUGUAAUAUCCCUAAUCAGUCAGCCUGAAGAAUUCCAGGGAACAGCUAGCAGCUACUCCCAAUUUUGGAGGGCUCUGACUUUUGAAAAAUUCUUCCUUUCAAUCUAAAUCUGCCUCUCCAAGGUUAGCUAAAGCAUAUCUGAUUUCUCUUGGACAUGACACCUCAAAUGUUUAAAGCCAGUUUUCAUCCUUUCUGCCUAAGUCUUCUAGCUAAAUUACCUCUGUACCUUCUACAAAUUGUAUGAAGUAUUAAGACUAGAAUUAAGUAGAACUAAGCUUAGAAUCAUAGAAUCUAAACUGGCAUAUGCAUAUGGCAUAUGGUCAUCUAUGUUAAUCUCUACCCGUAUUAGAAUACCCUUUACAAAAUUCCUCCCAAAUAUUCAUUCUGCUUUCACUUAAACUUUACUAAUGAGGAUCUCACUUUUUUCCCAGCAGCCCAUUCCACUUUUAUCAGCUCUAAUUGUCAGGAAGAUCUUCCUAAUAUGAUAGGGAACUGGGAGACAUACCCCACCAUAAUCUGAUAAAUCUUUGAACAUGUCUUUAAGAACUCUAAGCAUGCCUUGACCCCUUCUGGUGAGAGAAGAUUCCUCACUAAAGGAUAUUCAAAAUCAAAGGUUUCUAAUUGAUCUCUUUAUUACUUCUCUCUGACCUAAUGACAGAAUAUUGUUUGAAAGCAGAUUGGCACCCAGCAACAAGAGCUACCCAUUUGGAAGACCUUAAAGGGAGGAGUAACGUGUCCUGUUCUUCUGAAUAUGUGAUUUGAGUCUCUUGAACUUUCUAUGAAAGAAUUCCUCUCCCCACUCCCAAUGCCUAAGCAGCUAUGGCGGCAGGUCACAAAUGGCAUUGAGAGGAUAUGCUUGUCUAGUUGAAUCUGAGACUACAUUUUAAAACCUUAUCUGCUUGUUUUUGUUUGUUUUUUUUUAAACUUUGUUUCUUUUCCUGCGCAUGACUAACCACACAGUAUUUACAGCUACCUACCUCACUGAUUCACUACCUCAAUGUUGGAAUCAUGGAGAGGUUUGGAUGGUUGACAGUAAGAAGUGUUCCUUACAUCUUUAACAUGUUUCAAAGAAGGAGAUGGCUACCAGCAAAAAGAUGAACGUAAUUCUUGAAGUAUAUUGGACAGUGCAGAGCAGAAGUGAAAAUGAAAUGGCUGUUAAGCAGUGCCAUAAACUGUUUCAUGUUUUGAUGUUUGAAUAUUAAGCUUUCAGAACAGAAUACUAAAAGAUAUGGGUUUCCAAUUAGUUUUUUCAAAUAUAUUUCAAACAUUUCUUUUUUGUAUGGAAGAAAUAGUUGUCCUAAACUUCAAAUAUUGAGUACCUUUCAAUAAAGGACCCUCAUGAUUCCUUUUCGGAUGACUUUAAACAUGAGAGCUCCUGGAUUGGGGGUUUAAGGAACCAGAGACAAUCAGAUAAAAAGAGCUUGGUACCUCUUUUUAUUUUUUUAAUUAAAAUUAAGACUUUUUAUUUUCAAAACAUGUUUAAUUUUUCAACAUUAACCCUUGCAAAACCUUAUGUUCCAGUUUCCCCCUUAUUUCUCCCACCUUCUCCCCUCCCCUAGUUGGCAAGCAAUCCAAUAUGUUAAACAUGGGUGCCUCUUUUUAGAGGUCAACUCCCCUAGGACUGAACCCAGUUUACAUGAGUCCAGAGGUAGGGUUCUGUCAUAAGGACAGACCACCUUGGCCCUUUGGACCUGUAGGCUAAUAUUACACAUAAAUGAAAUAAAAAUCUUUUUCUCAAAAACUUACAUUUAUUGCUCUGAGUUCAGUCCUGUAAGGUCACACAAAAUAAAUGUAAUCUUUUCCACGUGGGAAUGUCUUCAAGAUAUUUCUGCCCAACUUCUCAAUGCAGCUUUUUCCAAAACAGGGCAGAACUAGAAGAAGAGUCAAAAUAUAAAAUGUUAUAAUUGAAAAGAUCAUUUAUUCUAAUUCCCACAUUUUACAGAUGAGGAAACAGACUGCCAAGAAGUGGAAGAGCUAGAAUCUCGAAUCUCCAAGCUCCUCUGCAGAGUUUAUUUUACUCUACCACUUCUUAGGAAUAGCAUGAGGGAACUAAGAUCACAUAACAAAUGUGAAACUAUAUGAAAGUGCCUAGGGAGACCUGAGUCUUAAUAACUUUAUUAAUAUAGUGAUAUAAUGUAUUAGCAUGUAAUGUUAUUAUUCUUAUUCUGCCAUAGACAUUAACUUGGUCCUGAUUGGAGAUUAUCCUUAGCAAAACCACUUUUCUCCUAUUAGUUGGUUAGCUUGUCCUAUAUCUGUUACUUUCAAUUUAAAUGUUUUAUUUCCUUACUAUAAACUGUUUAUCUACUGGGAAGUCAAACUGUAUAUUUUAAAGCUUACAAAUGGGAACUGAUAAAAAUAUAUAUAUAUUCAGAAAGUGCAUUCCUCAUUCUAGGUAGACAAAAAUUACUUAGCAGGAGCUAAUCUGAGGAUUUAGAACUGUUUAGACAAAGUAGUACUGGACUGUACAAUUCUAGCUUAAGAAUGUGGGCUUCUAAUAGGUCUAGAAAUAAGUCAUGAACCAGUUAAGAUUGCAGGUUAAAGAGCAUCCAGAGCAGAAUUUAUUGUUUCAAGUGAACUCAGAAUAAUCAGCAUAGUAAUCAAAUAUAGUUAAAAGAAAUAAGUACAUCAUAUUAUUUUUAAAGGAUCUAUAGAAAUGAAAAUACCAAUAAGACUUUGGGGACACCCAGUGUGUGUGUGUGUGUGUGUGUAGUAUCUAAGAAUUUUAAAGGAAAAAAUCAAACAUGUGAGAAAUAACAAAACUAUAAUAGGUAGGGACCCAACUCUCAACCCCACUUGUUACCUUUUUCAGACCUAGAUAAAUCUAUAAAUUCCCUAACAAACAAAAAGUUAUAGGUCUAAAUUUCUGGUGAUUAUUAAGUGAGAAUAAAAAAGUGAAUAUGCAUUUCAGCUGUCUAUGAAAUCUUUAAAUCUCAAACCAGAUGCAGACAAGGAGAAAUAUCAAAUGUAUCCUUUAUUGACAAUACAAAAAUCAUUGCCAAUAAAAGGUCUUUAAAGAAAGUAUUCAAACAUAUGGAGAACAAAUAAUUGUAAAAAAAAAAAAAUUGAUGAGUCAAUAGAAAAUAAUUCCAUCAAAGAAAAUUAUUAUAUACUAAAACUUAAGGGAUUUAGCCAAAAAGCCUAGGCAGAAAUUUGGAUCUCUCAACACUUUCACCAACGAGAGAGGACAGAUCAAUUUAAAUAUUAACCUUCAUUUACUAAACCAAAACAUAUUCCCAAAAAGACUUUAAAUAAAACAGACUCCACUAAAAAAAA